AUGCAGGUAAUUGCGUCCUGCUCUUUGAAGCCUAAUCCGAUCAUUCCAAUUGAGAAUGAUUUUGUGGGCCGACGACAGCUUCUCUCCUCCGCAUGUUCCAGAAUUUCCCAAGGCGGCGGCGGCGACAUCGUUUCAGACCGACCGGUUUCUUCAGUAAAGAUUGGUCGAGAUUGGAAGUCGAAUUUGCAAGAGUUAGCCAUGAAAAGUGUCCCUUCCACAACAAGGAGAAUCUUGUUGACAAGUUUGUUCAUGAAUCUGUGCUGUAAUCCUUCAAGGUACUUAUCAGCCUUAGCACUUGGUGAUCCAUCUGUUACGAAGGUUGAAGAUGUUAGUCCACCUGUUUUCCCUGCUGGACCUCUUUUCCCUACCGAGGGGAGGAUUGUCCAACUGUUUGAGAAGAAUACUUAUUCUGUUGUCAACAUAUUUGAUGUGACUUUACGGCCUCAGCUCAAAAUGACUGGUGUGGUUGAGAUACCUGAAGGAAAUGGCUCUGGAGUAGUCUGGAAUGGACAGGGAUACAUUGUGACCAAUUAUCACGUUAUUGGAAAUGCUCUUUCAAGAAAUCCAAGCCCCGGGGAUGUAGUUGGUCGUGUGAAUAUUCUUGCAUCUGAUGGGGUACAGAAGAAUUUUGAAGGAAAACUUGUUGGUGCUGAUCGUGCUAAGGAUCUUGCUGUCUUGAAGGUAGAAGCUCCUGAAGAUCUCCUGAAACCGAUUAGAGUUGGACAAUCAACUUCUCUAAAAGUUGGCCAGCAGUGUUUAGCAAUUGGAAACCCGUUUGGUUUUGACCACACCCUUACGGUUGGUGUCAUCAGUGGUCUUAACCGUGACAUUUUCAGUCAAACCGGAGUUACAAUUGGUGGUGGGAUUCAAACCGAUGCAGCCAUUAACCCUGGAAACAGUGGAGGUCCUCUGCUUGAUUCAAAAGGGAAUUUGAUUGGGAUCAACACAGCCAUAUUCACACAGACAGGAACAUCUGCGGGUGUUGGAUUUGCAAUCCCAUCAUCAACUGUAAUGAAGAUUGUUCCUCAACUAAUCCAAUUCAGCAAAGUCCUUCGAGCUGGUAUUAACAUAGAGUUAGCCCCGGAUCCAGUAGCUAAUCAGCUCAAUGUUCGUAAUGGAGCUCUUGUACUUCAGGUACCGGGAAAUAGUCUGGCGGAAAAUGCAGGGUUACGUCCGACAUCUCGGGGUUUUGCUGGUAAUAUAGUACUUGGAGAUGUCAUUGUUGCAGUUGAUGACAAACCAGUGAAAAACAAAGCUGAAUUGAUGAAGAUAUUGGAUGAGUAUAGUGUUGAUGAUAAGGUGAAACUUAAGAUCAAGAGAGGAAGUGAAGAUUUAGAGUUGCAUAUCUCAUUGGAAGAGAAGAGUUGA